AUGGCAGCAAAUUCUUCCAACAUUAAUGUUUAUGGUCAGAAAACCUUAUCGCUGAAUCUGAAUUUAAGACGACACUUUUUAUGGACUUUCCUUAUUGCAGAUGUUAGUUCACCUAUUCUUGGAGCAGAUUUCCUCCAUUAUUUUGAAUUGGUGUCAGAUCUCCGCAAUAAGUGUCUGAGAGAUACGAAAACAAAAUUGCAAUCAGCAGACCAAAUUAAAGAUUCGAAACUACAUUCAGUUCAAAUUUCUCUUUCUGGGGAUACAAAAUAUCAUAAAUUAUUGCGAAAAUUUCCUUCUAUUACCAAAUUACCUAAUCCACAUCAAACAGUAAAACACAACACUGUUCACCACAUAAUAACAAAAGGUCCUCCCGUAGUAGCAAAACCUCGAAGGUUAGCUCCAGAUCGUCUUAAAAUUGCUAAGCAAGAAUUUCAAAAUAUGAUGCAUCAAGGACAUAUAAGACCUUCGAAAAGCAACUAA